UCGAAAGCAAAGCACGUGCAAUAAGCACGUGACCUCUCUGCUUUCUCCGCCGAUGCAAUGAAUCAAAAACCCCUGCCUGCAGACUGCGGUUCGAAACAAGUCUAUGCUAAGCAAUGGCGGAAGCAGAGAACAAAGUAAUUCUAACCAAAAAUGAAAAUUCUGUAGAACCCAAAAACAUCUUCUCGAUGUUACCCAGAAUAGAGCUGAAGUUCCCUUUCUUUAACCAACCCGCCCAAACUCCUGAGGCUUCCGUUCAAAAAGAGGAAGAAGUUGAAAAUCCGAAACCACCCUCUGUAUUUCUAGGAAACCGCCAGAAAUUUCCGCCGCCGCUGGACAUGGAAGCUGAGCAGUGCAUUGGGAGGACUUCUAACCCUAUAGUUCUCUGGCAGGUUUAUGCCAUUGGUGGUUUCUUUUUACUAAAGUGGAUUUGGGCAAGAUGGAAGGAAAGGAAGGAGAUGGGAGGCAAGAAGGAAUCAUCCGACGAUGAGCAGUCUCCAGCUGAUGAUGACUCUCAAUAUGUAUGAAACAUCCUUGGAUUUUGUGUUUGUCAGACAAUUUACAUUCUGGACUUUAGGAGUUAAUACUAAACUGGAGAACAUGUCCUCCUUUCUGUUCCUAAUGCUUAGCAACCAGAGUCCAGGCUUUAUGAGUUACAUCAUUGCUCAUCAGGUUUUGCCUCUCUUGUACAAGUUACUCAUCAAAUGCAGUUUCAUGGCUGGUGUGUCUUGGGCCAUUUUCA